UUUUGCUUAUUAAUCCAAUUGUUCAUUGGUAAAAUGGUAAAUCCAUUCAUUAGCUCUACGAGUAUAAAUAUAUGCCGAAACCCUACUCUCCUGCGCUUCUGCUCUCCUGUUCUCUAAGUUCGCGCGGCGGAAUUCAUAGCCAGAGAGAACCAGAAAAUCAUGGCGGAUGCUUCGGAUGCGGUGGACGUCGGAGGGGCGCAUCCGAAAAAGAGGACCUUCAGGAAGUUCUCUUACCGCGGUGUAGACCUCGAUCAGCUCCUCGACAUGGGCCUUGAUGAACUCGUCAAGCUCUUCGGCGCUCGCGCUCGAAGAAGGUUCCAGAGAGGACUGAAGAGAAAGCCAAUGGCUCUGAUUAAGAAGCUUCGCAAGGCGAAGCGAGAUGCACCUCCUGGUGAAAAGCCAGAGCCUGUGAGGACGCAUCUUAGGAACAUGAUCAUAGUCCCAGAGAUGAUCGGCAGCAUCAUUGGCGUAUACAAUGGAAAAACCUUCAACCAGGUUGAAAUCAAGCCCGAGAUGAUUGGUCAUUACUUGGCUGAGUUCUCAAUAUCAUACAAGCCCGUGAAGCAUGGAAGGCCUGGUAUUGGUGCUACUCACUCCUCCAGGUUCAUCCCUCUCAAGUAAAAAAAUCAUGUUCGGAGGAUAAAGAUUAUGACUACUUAAGUUUCCAUGUAUGCCUCUCGAUUAUCUUUAGUUCUUGUAUUCUGCAAUAAACCAUCGGUGGUUUCUUUGUGAUUUUGAACGGCAGGUGAAUUUUGGUUUCCAAUUCUUGAAUUGCUACUACUUUUUGGUUGA